AUGCAGCCCCCUCGCUGCUGCUGCCUCCUCCUCCUGCUCUACCUCUUCCUCCUCUCAGGCACAUGGGCAACUCUGGAGGGGACCUUCACUGUCCAGCUGCUCCAGACCUCCACCUUCCAAAACACCUCCUUUGUGGAGACAGAGGGGCUGGCCCUGCUGGAAGACAUCGAAAUUGCUACUCUUGAUAAGCACACCAGGUCCAUCCACUUCCACCAGCCCUGGGUGCAUCCAGCCCUACCCCACAUGGACUGGGACAACAUUGAGAACAUGCUCAGGAUCUAUUUGCUGAAGAUCAGCCACUUGAUCAAUGAAGGGGCCAUGGAGAAGGAUGUGCCUUACCCCUUUGUGAUUCAGUGCAGGGCAGGCUGUGAGCUCUACCCCAACAGGACCUCUCGGACCUUCGCCUAUGUGGGCUACAACGGGCAGGAUUUCCUCAUCUUUGACUCAGACAAUGAUACCUGGACCCUCUCCCAGGACACCGACCUGUCCCGGUACUUCCUCGCCUACCUCAAGAACCACACAGCUUUCAGUGAGCGGGUCGAGGUCCUCUUCAACAAUACCUGUGUCGAUGCCAUGGAGAGGUUUCUGACCUACGGGAGGGCAGCUCUGGAGAGACAAGAGCUGCCCGUGGUCACGGUCUUUGCCCGCACGCCCAGCCCACAGCAGCUGCUGCUGGUCUGCCAUGUCACCGCCUUCUACCCCCGGCCCAUCAGCGUGGCCUGGCUCAGGGAUGGCCAGGAGGUGCCUCCGGGCCCGCAGCUCAGCACCGGCCCCGUCCUGCCCAACGCUGACCUCACCUACCAGCUCCGCAGCGUCCUGGCCGUGGCCCCCCAGGACGGGCACAGCUACGCCUGCCGCGUGCGCCACCGCAGCCUGGGCACCCGCAGCCUCCUCGUCCCCUGGGGGAACUCGCAGCUGCUGCUCAUCACAGCGCUCCUGGCCGGGCUGCUGGGAGCCGCGGCCGUAGCUGCCCUGCUGCUGCUUGCCGUGUGGAGACGCAGAAAGCACCAGCGGGUGGAGGAAUCAGAGUCCAGGAACUCCACCCUGAGCAAAGAAGCUUAGCCCAGAAGGAGCCAACUGUCCCCGUUCCCUCCCAUCACCCGUCAACCCACAGGGACAAG